CCCCGCAGUCUGAAAAUCAACAUAAAGUACAGCAAAUAAUGCCACCAUAAUUAUCAAACAUUACGUGCAUAAACAUACGAUACUUUAUGUAUAUGUUGUUUCGGAUAAGAAAAUUAUCACUCGUUUUUUAUUUUUCUGCCAUUUGGACGGUUCCAUCACUUUCACGAGCAUGUGGGAAGUUUCGGCGAGUGUACCUCCGCAUUGCAAAUGACUUUGCCUUCCCAUAAUCCCCGCUAUGCAUCACCAGCUACACUCACGCAUCCGCCGCGCUGAUGGCCCUCCUAAGUCGUGACCUCAUCCUCGAAUUCGUCACCGUCUUGCAGCAGAUGCGCCACACCGAAGACAUCUACGACAUCACUCUCCGCAUCUCCGACCGCGAUAUCCGAGCCAACCGUCUUCUCUUGUCCGUCAUCAGCGCCACUCUCCGCGAGAUCUUUGCCGCCCAUCCCGAGCGGCCUGUGUAUGCCUUCCGCAACGUCGAUCCCGACGCCGUGGAGAUGAUCGUCGAGUGCUCCUUCACUUUUAGCUACCAACUGCGCAUCACUGAGCUCAACCUGGAGAACAUCCUUCGCGCCGGGAUUAAUCUGGGCUGCCGCGGGGUGCUGGAGGAAGCCUGCCGUUACAUCGAGAAGAACACCAAACUCAGCUCCUGUAUGCGAUACCAGCGCAUCAUCUGGCAGUUCAUCAAUGACGACACUUGCCUGACACCCAGCGAUGCCAACAUUCUGGGUGUGGUGCUAAAAUAUGUGACCUUUUUCAUAUCCAAAAACUUCACUUGUGUAUGCACGACGGAUAGUUUCCGGUUGGCCAAUGCCCCGGAGGUGAUGAGUAUUCUGGCCAUUGAUGACCUGAAUGUCCGUUCGGAGGAUAUUGUUCUGGCGGCGGUGCGCAGCUGGUACCGUGCAGAUCCGGAGACUCAUCGGCGCGGAUACCAGCAUCUACUCCGGUAUGUACGGUGGCCACUGUUGUCCAAAGUGUGUCUGGAAGAUGCUUCCAAUGAUGAAGUCAUUUGGUCGGCACCGGACAUUCAAGAGCUAAUUCGCAAGAGCUUCCAGUAUCAGCUGCGGGAUGUGGAUAAACGCGGGGAUAUACAAUUUGGGCAGGGAUUCUAUUUGACCCCGCGGCGGGGUAUGCUGCAGAAUCACCGGUGAUAUGUGUGUAUCUCGAUUGUUAAUGCAUGUGUGAUUAUCGAUCGCCGAUCCAUGUAUGUACAUGCGAGGUGUGCUGAUAAGGGGCUUGCGUGCGCAGGUGUAGCGUGUGUUGCAUCGAUCGGGUUGGGGCUGUUAUAAUAUGAGUGAGAGAUUCCUGUUCUUUAAUCUUUUACUUUAUUCCAAACCCUGAAAUUUGGGGUAGUGUUUUUAAUCGGCGUGAAAUGAUUUGUUUUGUUGCUUAUAUAUAAAAUACAAAGAUGGCCACAUGGAA